UAAACGCCGUCAGGUUGGUACUGCGCAGUUCGUUGGGACACGUCCAGUCCGCGUCGAAAAAUAUUAAUAAACAUGGAGCCACCGCUAAAACUGCACGAUUCCCUCGUCUGCCGGCUCUGUGCCGAGGAAAACAACAACGGUAGCCUAAUCUACCAUUCGACUGAAGGCGGCGAUCAGCUGAGCGAUGUUAUCAACAAAUAUCUGCCAUUGAAAGUAUCUGAUGAUGGCAGACUUCCUUGCACUCUGUGCCCUGGGUGCACAAUUCAGUUGGAAGCAACCAAGUCAUUUUUUGAUUUGAUUAUUGAAGGGCAAAGAAAAUUACAGACUUUGUUCAAUGGGCAGCAAGAUCACCAGGGAAAAUCACAGCUGGAGGAGUCUGGAAAGGAGCAAUUGGAGAGUGCCUUAAAACUAGUCAAUCCAAAUAGUUCUGUGCAGACUUACUCAGUCCAAUCAGAUGAAAGUGGUGAAAAAAUAUUUAUUCAAAUUUUGUCAGAUGGACCUCUAUUCCCACCAGAUCAUGAGUUGUCAAUGAAAUUGAACAAUGAAAAACCUAAAAAGAAGAGAGGUAGACCUCCUAAACCACCUGCACCUGAAGUUAGUGAACCUGAUAAAGUACAGCCCAUACAAGAGGAAUUUAAGACAGAACUGGAAGAACCAGAACCUGCAGAAAUAUCAGAUGGGCUUGGUAAAAGAAGGAGGAGGAUUAAAAAGCCAUUAAAGUAUUCUGAUCUUAUUGAAGGAAAAGAGCUUGAUAGAGUAUUCUUGGAAGAAGGUAUCAAUGAUGAAGAACAUGAUAUUGCAAUGUUGUUAAAUACAGACACAAAACUUCUUAAAUCUGAGGUGGACUGUGAAGAAUCUAAAAUAUCGGAGACCGAUGGUGUGAAACAAUCUUUAAGUCCCAAAUUAAAAAAGGUGAUUUCUGGUAAGAAGACAUUUGAGUGUGAAAUUUGCGGGCGGUGUUUCAUGAAUCAGAGUCGAAUGGAAAUGCACAAAGUUUUUCAUAAAGACAUAUUCUAUCAAUGCAUAAAAUGCUCACAGAGUUUUGAUACCAAAGAAGGCUUCAUGGUACAUUCAGAGGAAAUGCAACAUGAAGAUUUUAAGCUUAUUGAAUAUGUUGAUAAUUAUGGUCAAAUUGAAUUACCAACAUCAGUUGAAAAAGAUGUAACGACAAUUAAAGUUGCGGAACCACUUGACACCGCCGAAAAGUUAAAAUGUGAAUUAUGCGAUAAACUAUUUUCCACCAAGCAAAACCUCGACGUCCAUCAUAAAGCAGUCCACAACAAUACGAAACCAUAUGCAUGUGAUAAGUGUGACAAGCAAUUCCCUUACUUCUCCAGCUACAAAAACCACCUCUUGCAGCAUGUGUCGAAAACUCACGCAUGCGACCAGUGCGAGAAAGUAUUCAGUCACCCUAGCAGUCUUGUCUAUCAUCGAGAAACAGAACACAACAACGGCCGCAAAUUUGUCUGCAAUAAAUGUAAGAAAUCUUUUAAACACAAACAAUUAUUACUGCGGCAUCAACUCGUGCACACUUCUGAGCGUCCAUUUAGCUGCACAGAAUGCAAAGGAGCGUUCAAAACACGUGCGAAUUUAAUUAACCACAUAGCGACACACACGAAAGAAAAAAAGUUUUUCUGCACCGAAUGUGGUUUGUGUUUCCCGUAUAAAACUUCAUUGAAUUUGCACCAACGGUGGCAUAAUGGACAGAAAGACUAUGAAUGUGAUGUGUGUAUGAAGACGUUCUCACAAAAAGGAAAUAUGGUUGAGCAUAGGAGGAUACACACGGGCGAAAAACCAUUUUGUUGUUCGUAUUGUGGUCGAAGGUUUACCACUUCGUCACAGUACAAAUUGCACGUGAAGAGGCAUACGGGCGAGAGACCGUGGAGAUGUGAGUAUUGCUCGAAGACGUUCUUACAUAAGGAUACCUGGAGGAGUCACGAACGUUUGCAUACUGGAGAAAAACCGUACACAUGUGAUAUUUGUGGUAAAUCCUUCGCGGAUUCAUCAAAUUUAAAGAAACACACAAAGACUCAUUAUAAGGAUCAAAACGCUGGUAACGUUUUAAAGAAAAAUGCAGAACAGUCUUCUUUAAAUGAUAACAGCCAAGUUUUGUACCUGACCUACGACGAUCCCUCCGAGAAUCCACAGCCACUGGUACAGGGCGUGAAGGGUAUCAAUGACAGUGCGAUAUCCGCCGAGGACGAUAAUCCAGACAAUAUGUUCAACGAGGAUUUAAUACAAGGAACUUCAACUGAAGAAAUUUCUAUUGAUGUACAGCAAUUGGUUGAUAAUGAUGGAAAUGUUAUAAGUAUAACAACGGAUGACGGACAACAGAUUAAAGUCGUUACAACUAUGGACGAUGAGCAAUGUAUUCAGGGCUUGAUGCCAGACGGCACAUUAAUUCCGAUUAAUCUCAGCACGCAAGAUGGCAAACCAGUUGCAGAAUUGAUUGCUAAUAAUCACAUGGAAAAUUCGUCGCUUAUUCAGCCUGAUUUGAAUUCAAUGGAAUUAUUGCCGCCGGAAGAAUCAAAUGACAGCGAUAAGGAUAAAAUUCAAUUUUUGAACGAAGAUGGUCAAAACUUGUGUUUUAUUGCGUAUGGGCUCGAAAGUAAUUCUAUGGGAGAAAAUCAAUUUAUCAACAUUAAUUGAUGGAGAAACUUGAACAAUGCUAGAAGCAUUGCUAACUUUCUGUGAUAGUUUACGGACGCUGUGGUAUAAUAUAAUACUAAUGGAUGUAGAUGGGUUAAAUAAUUUGUUUCUUACGACAAGCGCGUUCACAUUGAAACUUAGUUUCUAUUUUUGUAAUAUAAUAACUCGAAAAAUAUACAAAUAAAAAAAAUAAAGCAGU